AUGAGUUUACAUGCUGGCGGGGCCUCUCUGACAUCUGGCGGUGAUCCGCCUCAUGGUGAGGACGGGCAGAUCUUGUCCAGAAUCCAUCAAGCCCUGGAGGUUGUCCACAGUCCAUAUUCCAGCAACGAUGCUCGCCGGCAGGCUCAGUCGUUCCUCGAGGAAGUCAAAGAUGUAUCCACCGCACCCUUUCAAGGAUACAGACUGGCUUCAGACAAGUCUCAGCCUUCCGUCGUGCGCCACUAUGCCCUGUCCCUACUCGAGCAUGCAAUACGAUAUCGUUGGUCCACUUACAGUGAGGAACAAUCCACGACCUUGCGGAACUGGGUCCUAGAACUGAGCCAGGCCGUUUCGAGACAAGACCCUACAUUUCUGAGAAAUAAAACAGCGCAGCUGUGGGUUGAAGUGGCAAAGAGAUCUUGGGGGGCAGAAUGGAUGGACAUGGACUCUCAGCUUUUCCAGCUAUGGCAAAUGCCAGACUCUGCAGUUCACAAGGAGCUUGUAAUGUUUGUUCUCGAGACCCUUUCUGAUGAAGUUUUCACGGGUGAUGACUCCGUGGUGGCCAUGCGAGAAGGCGUGCUUAGCAAGGCGUGCGUUGAGAUAUUCACCCCUACGUCCGUAUUGGCUGAAGCAUUUCCAAAUCGCCAACCAGGUCCGGACGUUCGCCAUGAUGCUCAAGGAUGGCUCGGCCGUGUAUCUGACUUCCUCAACUUUUGCAUCAACUCUGAUAGGAAGGACGAUGUUGAAGCCAAGGGCUGUGCUCUUAAAGCUCUUUCCGUAUUCCUGUCACUGAUGCCCUGGGCAAUUCCGAAGGCCAUAGCAGCUGCUCAAUGUGUGAAUGUCAUGACGACCGGUCUGGCGUCCUCGCACGUCGAAGUCCAAAAGGCCUCUUUGGAUGCACUACACGCACUGUACUGCCGCACCAAUUUCUCCGACGAAGAAUUCCGCCAUCUUGUGUUGCCAAUGUAUAGCCACAACUCCGUCAGUUUGUGCAGAAACCUCUGUCACUGGGCGGCUGUCGACCCGGAGGAUAUCAACGAAGAUCGGUACCAAAUCCUGAAGAAGCUUUCCGAGAUGUUAUCAUGUCUUGGCGAUCACCUCGAGCGCAAAUUUGAAGAGGUUCCUCACAACGCCGCUAGCUCCGAGUUCCUGCAGCUGCUGAUCGAAGUAGCACAAAACCCCAGCCUGAUGGUUUCAAUACCCAUCCUUGUGACAUGGACGAGGAUCCUUAGUCACAGAACCUUGGGACCGAGUGAUUUAGUGUCGUCAACCAUCGCCCCUCUCCUGGAGGUUUGCAGCUCGAGGCUCGUGCGGUACGAGAAUCUACCAGACGACUCGAAUGAUGCUACGUAUCUGUUCCUCAUGGAAGAUACGGAUACAGUUCCCGAACGACAUGCGUUUCUGGGGAAUUAUCGCCGAUACAGCUCACAAAUUAUUGAGCAAAUCGUGCAGUUGAAGCUAGUGGACGCUAUAUCGUACAUUCUAGGCCGAACCGAGUACAUUCUUCAGAACCUUUACGAGGGUCAACCGGCAUUUGACAAACAAACGUACAAGAAGCACUCCAUGCCUGCUUUGAGGGUCGACUCUCAUUUCACGGUCAUCGAGGCGACCUUGAAAGGAUACGUCAAGUGGAGAUUAUACCACGUCCGGGAUCAUGAGCAACAGGUUGCCGAGAUUGAGUCGAAUCUUGAAGCUUGGUGCAACAAACUACUAGAAAUGAACUUUCAGGACCCAAUGAUUCGCAAGCGCUCACUGCAACUCCUCGUGUUCUUUUCCACCACUGCCUUGAACCAAAACGCUGGUUUCAUGCUAAAAGUUCUCCAACACAUCUUGCUCACCUGGCCUACGCUUGAGCCCGACCACCGCGCUUACAAUGAUGCAGUUAAGGACCUUCAGAGCGAUAGUAUGAUUGAGCUGCAGCGGCUGGCCGUAGAGGUUCCCGAUCACCUGCUAGGAGUUUACGACCAGAUUGAGAGUCGGGUCAGCGAAAUGAUGGCCUCGGGUGCGCUGGAUGAGAAACGAUCUUUAGCUUACAAGAGCUUCCUUUUCCUCAUAAUACACCGAGCCGAUGGUGUCGACAUUCAGACCAAAACACAGAAGCUCUCGGAGUUUAUUGAACCCGUCAAGGCACAGUGGCAAACUGACGCGGUCCGUACGUCGCUCAAGUCCUACGCCCAUUUCUGUCAAUGCCUUGGGCUAGACAAGGCUCGGGGAUACUUGGCAAGCAGACGCGCGCACGAAGUGAGCGACUGGGGUUCUUGCGAAUUGGAUGCCGAGGGCUUAUCGCUUCAAGCUGAGCUGGAAGAACGCUUAAAGACUCUGCCCUUGAGACCCACAAAGUCGUUCCUGGCCUUUUCCGUGGAAAGACUGGACAAGGCUUCCCCAGCAUUUCAAGCUUCCUGCGCCCUCUGGCAGGAGGGCUUCUCUGGCAUACUCGCCGACGUCCUCGAGUAUCUGAGGUAUGCUCACGCUACUCACAACCCCGCGAGCUGGACGGACUGGCCGACGGAGAGGCGAGGCAUGGUCGACCGGGUUCUCUGCGACAGGUUCUGGCAAUCAGGCAUAUCGGAGGGAAGCAAAGACGACUUUUAUGCACGCGUCCUGGACAAGAAGAAGACGAUGGAAGGGCUGGCCUCCACCAUUCGCGGCUCCAUCCGCUUCGUGAGAGAGACGGCAUACGCCAUCAUAUAUUGCAUGAGCAGGCUGGAUCUGCAAUUUUACGGCUUCGACGGCCUUUCCGGCCCGCUAUCCGAUGCUUUGUUCUCGGACUCGACGUGGCUCUCGACCCAUCAGCAAAACAAUCUAUUAAACUUGGUGCGGUACUUGGUCGAUGACUGCCCUGUGGACCACCGGACGAGAUUCCUUCCUCAACUUUUGACGGCAUGCUUCCGCCAAACGGAUGCCAAGAUCCACGGCGAAUGGGACAAGAUGGAGAAGCAGGAAACCACCGUGGUGGAGGAUGAGGCAGGACUCAAAGAAGAAAUGAAGGCGGAGAGCAUUCUACGUCAAGUCACAUAUACUGCGGUCAUGAUGAUUGCGGAUUUCCUGGAUCCCACAAAAGCUAACCCGCCCACUCUUGAGUCUCGAAGUCGGAAGGGACCAGCAACAGAGCCGGCAAAUGCUUCUGCUUCCGGCUCCUACCCAUCUCUUCGCAAGUUUUGUCUCACGAGACAGGAAGUUGUAGAACCCUUGCUGGUGUUCUGCACCCAUGUCAUUAGGAUGAGAGAUACGCGAUGCUGUGGUAUGAUUAUGCGCCUAUUCAUAUCUAUAGUUCCCGAGUUUCGGGCCGUUCAAGGACAAGAUCAGCCAGCGGCAAGCCCUCACGGCAGAAGCGACGCUUGCACGCAAGCGGAGACGACGGCGGUGCCUGCCGAGAUCGCGUCCGUCAUUCGGGAAUACAUAUCUUCGGACGUUCUCAAGGCCUGCUUGACGUCAUUUCAUGAACCGUACUUUGUCGAGAUACAGAAGGAUCUUGCCGCCCUGAUUGCAACCAUAGUAGCCUAUUACAGCCCGCUGUCGUCAACGCCCAGAGACGUCCUUCUGUCCCUUCCCAACGUCGACGCAAGCGGAUUAGAACGCCUGCGACCGUACAUGGCCAAGCCAGAGGCUCACACCCGCCAACAGCGCGCGAUUGUGCUGGAUCUUCUCAAGGAUCUAAAAGGCGUCAGUGUGUCUGAAAUGGGCAGGGUGGCCAAGUCUGCUGACUUUGGCGGGUCUUCACGAAGCAAGCGAGGCCACCGAAGCAAGAUGGCGCAGGGGUUCAUGAAUGCCUCCGCAGACGGCGAGGCCGGUCUCACGGGGGGAAGCGGAUUGCCUGCGGCUCGGGGAUCAACCCCGGAUGCUUUGGAAGCGGUGUCCAACCUGUUUGGUGGUUAG